CAAUUCUUUCACUCAUCAUGAUCAUGGCCACUCUCAACUCUCUUUUUUAUUUCUCUAUUUUAUUUUUUUCCAUUUCUAUCAAUGCUAGAACUCUCUCUCCAAACUUGCUUAUUUCAACUAACCCUGCAUUCAAGAACUACACUCAUGUAUGCCAUUCUUCAAGAUUUCAAGAACUUGGAUUGAGCAUUAAUGAGUUUCUCUAUUGCGAUUCGUCUAUUUCCUAUGAUAUUAGGGUUAAGGACUUAAUCGAUCGAAUGACUUUGGAGGAAAAAGUCCAACAGAUAGGCGAUACCGCUCUUGGGGUGGAUAGGUUAGGAUUGCCUAAAUAUGAGUGGUGGUCGGAGGCCUUGCAUGGCGUAUCGAAUGUGGGCCAAGGAGGUAGCUCAGCCACGUUUUUCGGUGGGGAUGUUCCCGGUGCCACGAGUUUUCCGACUGUCAUUGUUACUGCAGCUUCUUUCAAUGAGUCCUUGUGGAAAAAAAUUGGGCAGGCUGUUUCAACAGAAGCAAGAGCAAUGCACAACGCAGGGCAGGCUGGAUUAACAUUUUGGAGUCCAAACAUUAACGUUGUAAGAGAUCCUAGAUGGGGAAGGGCCCUAGAGACACCUGGCGAAGACCCGUUCGUUGUCGGGAGAUAUGCCGCCAACUAUGUCCGAGGGUUGCAGGAUGUUGAGGGCACUGAAAACACCACAGAUUUGAACUCGAGACCUCUCAAAGUUGCUGCAUGUUGCAAGCAUUAUGCGGCAUACGAUGUUGACAAUUGGAUCGGAGUUGAUCGGUACCAUUUUAAUUCAAGGGUCACUGAGCAAGAUAUGAAGGAGACAUUCCUAAGACCAUUUGAGAUGUGUGUGAAAGAGGGAGAUGUAACAAGUGUAAUGUGCUCUUACAAUCGCAUCAAUGGAAUCCCUGCUUGUGCUGAUCCAAAGCUCCUCAAAGACACCAUUAGAGGAGAAUGGGAUCUUCAUGGGUAUUCAUAUUCAAUCUUAUCCUCUCACUUUUUUAUCUGUUUGGAUUCAGGGUUGGAUUUGGAUUGUGGGUCCUUCUACACCAAAUUCUCGGAAAAUGCAGUUGUGCAAGGCAAAGUUGGGGAGGCCGAAAUAGAUAAAGCACUUAAAAAUCUAUAUAUUGUGCUUAUGAGAUUAGGGUUUUUUGAUGGUAGCCCUCAUUUCAAGUCUCUUGGAAAAAAUCAUAUCUGCUCUGAUGAACACAUUGAACUAGCAACUGAAGCGGCCAAACAAGGCAUUGUUCUUCUGAAGAAUGAUAAUCAAAAUUUGCCUUUGAAUUCUGCUAAAAUCAAAACUAUAGCAGUUGUUGGACCUCAUGCCAAUGCCACCAAGGUCAUGAUCGGAAACUAUGCCGGUGUUCCAUGCAAAUAUACCACUCCAGUAGAUGGCUUCGCCUUGUAUGGGGAGGUAAAAUACGAAAUGGGUUGUGAGGAUGUUUCUUGCAAAAAUGAGAGCUUGAUUUUCCCAGCCAUGAAAGUUGCUAAGGAAGCCGAUGCUACUAUAAUCCUAGUAGGGUUAGAUUUAUCAGUUGAGGCCGAGUCCCUGGACAGGGUGAAUCUCCUCCUGCCCGGCUAUCAAACUCAACUGAUAAAUCAAGUGGCCACAGUUUCCAAAGGUCCGGUGAUCCUAGUAGUCAUGUCUGCUGGUGGGGUUGACAUUUCUUUCGCUAAAGAUAACCCCGAUAUCAAUGCAAUCUUGUGGGCCGGAUAUCCUGGCGAGGAGGGCGGUCGCGCGAUUGCUGAUAUUAUUUUUGGGAAAUACAAUCCAGGAGGAAGAUUGCCGCUUACAUGGUAUGAGGCUGAUUAUGUUGAUAUGCUACCAAUGACAUCCAUGCCACUACGGCCAGUUGACAACUUAGGCUACCCUGGCAGAACCUACAAAUUCUUCAAUGGCUCCACUGUAUACCCAUUUGGAUACGGACUAAGUUACACCCAAUUCACAUACAAGCUUGUAUCCUCCAAGAGGUCAAUCCACAUCAAGCUAGACAAAUUCCAACAUUGUCGCAACAUGAACUACAUUGACGGUGCCUACAAGCCACCGUGCCCUGCAAUUCUGAUCGAUGACAUAAAAUGCAACAAAGACUUCAAAUUUGAGGUCCAAGUUGAGAAUACAGGGACGAUGGAUGGAAGUGAAGUCGUGAUGGUUUACAAAGUCCCACCAAAGGGCAUCCUUGCGGCCCCUAUCAAGGAUCUGAUUGCUUUCGAAAGAGUUUUCGUGCGAGCAGGAGAGAGUAAAAGGGUUGAGUUUGUGUUGAAUGCUUGUAAGAGCCUUGGCAUGGUCGACUACAAGGCAUACAAUCUGUUGCCAUCGGGUGAGAGCACGAUCUUGGUUGGAAAUGGUGCAAUCUCAUUUCCGAUUGCUGUUAGAUUUAAUCAUUAGGAUUUAGAAUGCUAAUUUCAUCAACUAGCCUAGCGAGGAGGCUUUUAGGAAGUGUGAAUAAUUUUUAGGCACAAAUUUGUCGUUUUUCAGUUUAGAAGUAGAAAAUAAAAUUAGUUUUUGAGGUGAACUGAUUAGUGCAACAAUGUUUCCAUGAUCAUGCAUCGAAAAUCUUAGUUUGUGUUAUGGAUUUUGAUCUUUCUCA